GGGACAUUCUGUCCUCAUAUCGUUCAGGAUACAGACCAGCUUCUUUUCCAGUGUGAAUAUAGUAUUUCGCUCACACAUUAAGCCCCCUCCUCCCACCAGUCCGUCUCUCACACCCACUCUCUCUUCUCUUCCAUUUCUUCUUCUGCUGUUCAUGCCAUAUCAUGUGCAGAAGAGCUGAAAGUGUUCAGAGAACACAGCCCGUGCACUUCAUAUGGACAUCCAGAGAAACCCGACCAGAAGAGAGACUAGAGCAAUGCCACAGUAAACUGACAUUAUAGCAGGGGUGCACCUUCAGCUUUUCGGACUACAUUUUACAGUCCAGAUUAAGGAGGGUGGGGGGGAAACUUGGCAGAUAUAUUGCCCUGCCUGGCGACCUUGUCAGCUACUUUUGAAAGUGAAAAAGGCACCAAAGCCAUGCUACAGAGAAAGUAAGUUUCCUUUUUGUUUUGUUUUUUAAACUUAUGAACCCCUUCCCACCGUUUUCAUGAAACAAACGUGCUGAAGUUAUGGCAGCGCUAAGGCGUAAAUUUGGAGAGGACUACCAGGUGGUGAACACGAACAGAGCCGCGACUUUCCCCAUCGCGCCGGUGAAGAAGAAGCGCCAGCGCUUUGUGGAGAAGAACGGACGCUGCAACGUCCAGCACGGGAACCUCGGCGGAGAGACCAGCCGCUAUUUGUCCGACCUGUUCACCACGCUGGUGGACUUGAAGUGGCGCUGGAACCUUCUCAUCUUCAUCCUCACCUACACCAUCGCCUGGCUGGUCAUGGCCUCGAUGUGGUGGAUCAUCGCCUAUAUAAGAGGGGACAUAAAUCAUGGCCGUGACGCUUCGUACACUCCGUGCGUCGCAAAUGUUUACAACUUCCCGUCAGCGUUCCUCUUUUUCAUUGAGACCGAGGCGACCAUUGGCUACGGUUACCGCUAUAUAACUGAGAAGUGCCCUGAGGGCAUAAUCCUGUUCCUGUUCCAGUCUUUGCUGGGUUCGAUAGUGGACGCGUUUCUCAUCGGCUGUAUGUUCAUUAAGAUGUCUCAGCCCAAGAAGCGCGCGGAGACGCUCAUGUUCAGCCAGGACUCGGUGAUCUCACAGCGAGACGGGAAACUCUGCUUAAUGUUCCGCGUGGGAAAUCUGAGGAACAGCCAUAUGGUGUCCGCGCAAAUCAGGUGUAAACUCAUAAAGUCUCGUCAGACCCCGGAGGGCGAGUUCCUGCCGUUGGAUCAGUGUGAACUGGAUGUGGGCUUUGGAACAGGUGCUGACCAACUCUUCCUGGUCUCUCCCCUCACCAUUUGCCACGAGAUCAAUCCCAAGAGCCCUUUCUUCGACCUGUCCCAGCGCUCGCUCAUGAAUGAGCAGUUUGAGAUUGUCGUCAUCUUGGAAGGCAUUGUAGAGACAACGGGUAUGACAUGUCAGGCUCGUACCUCGUACACGGAAGAUGAGGUGUUGUGGGGUCACCGCUUCCUGCCUGUCAUGUCUCUGGAAGAGGGCUUCUUUCGUGUGGACUACUCCCAGUUUCACAGCACCUUUGAGGUGCCCACGCCACCCUACAGCGUGAAAGAAUACGAGGAGAAAUCCUCGCUCCCCUCUCCCCUGCUCACGCCGCACCAUGAGAAAGUGUUUUCCAUGGACUGCCUGGAAACGGGCGAGGAAAGGGCGCAUCCCGGAAGCGCUUCUUGCAAGCUGCCCAGUAAACUCCAGAAAAUGAGUUCGUCUGGCAGAGAAGAUCUGCAGAGGAAGGCGCUACGCUUGAGCUCGCAGCACUCCGAAAAGGCUUCGAGUACGGGGGACCUUCCUCUUAAACUACAGCGGCUCAGCUCUAGUCCUGGGCAGGUUGACGGAGAGGCACGAUUCCACCUCAAAGCCCUCAAGGUGGGUUUCCAGCCCAUGGCCUUGUCCACUGGAGACCUCCACCAGAGGAGUCUGCCUCCCACCCCAGUGGUCGUCCCCACACACCAGCACGCUCCUCCACACACGCCUGGAGGCCGAAUGGAGGACAACCUGCCUGCCAAAUUAAGGAGGAUGAAUGCAGAUCGCUGACCUGGAAGUGCUUUUGGAACUUUGUACUGAUCUAAGAGUACUUUAGGGUUGAUAUAUGAUGAGCACAACUACAUCUAGAUAAGGGAAAAAUUAUCGUUUUGUUCUGAACUGAAUAAGGACUCUUGUAGAGUAACUUGAAUUUGAAUUUUUGCAUUGGCUUGACCUGAAAAAGUAUGAGUGUAGCCUAUUUUUAAUUAGUAUUUAUUGACUUCUUUCACGGUAAAUCAUCUAAAAAUCCAUAAAAACAAAACGUGUUUUAAAAGUUAAAAUAUCUAAAGACAGUGGAAACAAAGUUCAAGUUUUUACUUGAUAAACAUGACUUAAAUAACUGUAUAUAAAGUACCAUUCAAUAGUUUGGGGUCAUUAAGAUUGUAUUAACAUUUUUCUUUUUUUUAAGAAAUUAAAACUUAUUCACCAAGGAUAAAUUCAAUUGAUCAAAAGUGACCGUA